UCCCCUUCCCCUGCCCCUGCGUGCGUGACCGGCGACCUAGCUCGCAGUCGCACUACACUACUCCUCGACCACCACUCCGAUCCUUCCUGCCUCGACGACGGUCGCGCGCGCGGCAGCCCAUGAAGAAGAAGCAGGCGCGGGCGAGGCGGCAGCGCGUCCCGGCGUUCGGGGAGUGGAACCAUGCCUACGGCUACGGCGGCGGCGGCGGCGACCAACGGCCCGUCGUCACCCACUACGACCUGGACUCCGCCAUGCAGAUGCAGGCCAGGCGACUCGUCGUGGCGAUACCGGCGGUGCCGCCCAAGCCUGCCAGCAAGGUGGUGAAGUGGAGGCAAAGUGCCACAGCCACGCUUGAGCUGGAGGACGAAGAUGGCGAGCACGAGCACGAGGACGAGAAGAAGAAGCAGCUGCAGCAGCAGCAUUUGGGUUUGGACGUGGUGGUGGGACUGGGACUGGGCGGCGCUGGCGCUGGCGCUGCCAGGAAGCAGGGGAAGCAGCAGAGCCCGGUGGUGGGCUACCAGGCGCGACGGAGGAGGGCGGCGGUCAAGACCGUGGACCAGGACCUCUACCACAUCCCGCCCGACAUGCUCUGCCACGAGCCCAGGAAACGUCUGACAAGGAGGAAGAGCCUGUGGACGGGCUGCCUGGGUCUCAGCUGCGUCGUCGCAUAGGGAUCCGCCAUUGCCCACCUGCUGACAGCUCAUCAUGAGUCGCCCCUCGGCCCUCGCCUGGCCUGCCUUGUUUUGCGUGUUGUGCCACCCACCCGUACUGUAAAGACACUCGGCUGCUCCAUAGCAGAAAACCAUGGCCAUCAUGUUGUCACACCACCAUCAUCAUCAUCUCCACAGUGUUGUGCUGGCUCGUCAACUCGUCGUCGUACUACGCGCGUGGGAGCAGUGGGCGGACGGGAAACGACUUGUUGUUGGAUGUCGCCGCCGUGCCCCCGACGUGCGCGGCCGCCCGCCCCGGCAGCGUCAUUUCCCCGUGCCCGAGACCCACUCGAGCGCUGCUUUUCCAAUUUCCACGGCGUGCGGUGGCGUUGCGUUGCGACUUGCGACCUGCUGCUGUACGGCGCCCCCGGUGAAUCCGGCGGGAAAAGGUUGUGCGUCGUCGAAAGGUCGAUGACAUGACAGUGACAUCGAUGCCUUGUAGGAGUAUUAACUUCGCACCACUCUAAAAAAACACUUCUCUGAAAUACGUAAAAAAAAGGAACUCCAAAAGGCCUUGUUCUGCGCGGGGGUGUCGCCGUGUUCAGCUUAAGAUCCCAUCUUGGGGAUUUGGAGUUGACGAUGAUGGGCGAAUGACGCCGGACACCCCCUGCUGCAUGGCCCCUCAAUCAUGCUACCUAGCUAGCUAUCUAGCUAACGGUGUGUUGAUCGAGCGCGGGUUUCAUGUCCGCCCUGUUUAUAGCUUGUUCCCCA